AUGGCUCCUAAAAGAAACAACAUUAUACCAAAUGACUAUUUCCACAAGGAUUUGCAGCGCCUGGUCAAAACAUGUUUCAACCAGUCCAUAAGAAAGAAGCGGAGACAUGCAGCUCAUGCCAAGAAAGCGGCAGCAAUCGCACCACGACCAGUUGCCGGUCUCCUGAAGCCCAUUGUCAGAUGUCCUAUCUUUAAAUACAACACUAAGAUUAGGCUUGGAUGCGUCAACAAAACAGUGGCACGCACCAUUGGCAUCUCUGUGGAUUACCGCAGACGAAGCAUGUCUUUUGAAUCCCUCCAGCAGAACCUGAUUAUCUUCCCACGCAAGGAGGGCAAACCUGGCAAGGGAGAUCUGACUGGACCUACAGUGCUGCCACUUGAGAUCAAGUUCAAACCCGAGAAGGCACUUGUACCCACUGAGGAUUAG